UUUUCGUGGCAUAGCAGCCAUACGAAGCCUCAAUAGUUGUGGAACGGUUUCUGCUGAGUGUGCACCUGUGUAGUAGUCAAUCAAUCACGAAAAUGUUCUCCUGCGCCCUGCUGGUGGGACUGCUGGUCCUGUACAUGAUCUGGGAUGUGAAUUACUUCCUUCGCUGUGUGGCCACCCUCGGGUACGGUAUGCUGUUCCAGCGCAAACGGAAGGUGACCGACCAGACGGCCAUUUACGGCCUCUGCACUACGCAGGACGUGGACAUCUUUAUCCGCCACAUGAACAAUGCACGCUAUCUGCGCGAGCUCGACUUUGCACGCUUCCACUUUUACGGGCUGACGGGCAUCUAUGGCAAGAUUAAGGCCAAGCGGGGUGGCGCUGUCCAGGGAGCGUCGAGCGUGCGCUAUCGCCGAACGAUCCCCAUCUUUACCGCGUACAAAAUCACCACCAAGCUGGUCUGGUGGGACGAGAAGGCCAUCUAUCUGGAGCAACAGUUUGUGACGCUUGCCGAUGGGUUCGUGCGUGCCGUCGCCAUGUCCAAGCAGUGCAUCACCAACGUGGACGUGCUGGAGCUGAUGAAGGAGUUUCCCGGUGCCGAGCAGCGGCCACCGAUGCCGGAAGAGCUGAAGCUGUGGCUUGACUCGAUCGAGCUGUCCAGCCAGAAGCUGCGCAAGGACAAGUAGAAUCGGCCGAUAGAUUAGGGAGAAUUAAUUUGGCGGUGACUGUCUGGUUACCAUUGUGGGCAUUAGCUUUGUAUUUUCGUUGGGCACAUUUUUUGUUGGGAAAUUGGAACCUACUUGCUAUGCAAGACAUUAAGCUUAAGUGAACUCAUACUCAUCAGCACAGACACACACACAUAUCUCAGGAUCUGAUCCCUUGACAAUAAAGUUUUGGAACGCUCCGUAA